CCAUCGCUUUUAUUUGGCUGUCGUCGCGUCUUCUGAACACAGUAAAAGAAAAAAGAUACAUAAGUGUACUCAAACAUCAACAUCCACCACUAAACCUAUUAUUAGAGGAGCUAUGCUUACAAUUUUUGCUACUCUAGCUAUGCCAGCGCCAACUGAUCCCAGACAUAGUAAUGCAGGCUUUGCCAAAGACACUAUCUAA